AUGAUCCCCACCCGCGUAACAUUGGCAACUCGCCAUGCAAAGCGUGCCGGCAUUGUUGCGCAGACCUCUUCCAAGCUCCGGACUCUUGCGACGGUGGCUCCCGUGACCUCCGUAGCUCGGAACCACAAGGUCGUCGUCGUUGGUGGCGGCAGUGCUGGCCUGGCCAUUAGCCAUCAGCUGCUCCGGACUGGUCACUUUGCCCAGGACGACAUCGCCAUCGUCGACCCUGCGAAAUGGCACCACUACCAGCCCGGAUGGACCCUGGUAGGCGGCGGACUCAAGUCUAAGCAAGAAUUGCGAAGACCGAUGGAUAGCUUGAUCGACCCGAAGCUUAAGUUUUAUCAACAAGCCGUUAGCACCUUUUCCCCGAAAGAGAACAGCAUCAAGUUGGGAAGUGGCGAUGAGCUCGCAUACGAACAGCUUGUCGUCGCCCCAGGCAUCAAUAUUGACUACGGUAGCAUCAAGGGAUUGCCCGAAGCAUUGGGGGAUCCGAACUCGCUCGUUUCUUCCAUCUACGGCUACGACACAUGCGACAAAGUAUUUGGUACUUUCGAGAAGCUCCAGAAGGGAAAUGCCAUCUUCACCCAGCCAGCCGGCGCAAUCAAGUGUGCUGGCGCACCUCAAAAGGUUAUGUGGCUUGCACUGGAUUACUGGAAGCGUUUGGGUCUGUACAACCCCGGCAACACUGCUGCCUCACCGAUCAAGAUCAGUUUUGCUACUGGAAUCCCGGCCAUGUUCGGCGUACCCAAGUAUAGCGCUAAGCUUGAGGAGUUGAGGAAGGAGAGGGCGUCGAGGGACUUUUCCAGCACGAUCUCGUCGCUGUUGAGGGCAACACUGCGACCUUCUCACGUCCCGACGGGAAGGACAAAGUGA